CACCACCUCCGGCACCACCGGCAGCAGCUCCACGCACAUAUUUCGCUCGCUGUCAUCGGAGAGCCAGAAACGGGAAUGGUCCAAGCGUCUAUCGCUGCGUGGCAUGCGGCAUGGCGGCGCGGCCGCUGCGGGCCUCGCUGCCAGCAAAGAGGAGAGCGUGAGUUCGGGCAAACACCGUAAAUUCUUUAGCCGCUCCGCUUCCUUGAAGCAGGCGGGCAGCACGCAAGCCUCCGUGGAAUUGCAUGUGCCUGGACACUCAUCGGCAGCUGGGUCGCCAUCUGGUCUGGCACAGCCGCAGCCACUGACGCAGCCAUCGACGCCAAAGAAAUCCAAUUGGGAGGUGAUCGAACAUUUCAAUACCAGCGCCAAGGGAGGCAAGGCGAUGGUGAGCAGCAGCCUGAUUGCGGCUGGCAUCACACGGUGCAACAUAGACGAGUCAAUUGAUUCAACCAACUCGAGCUCCACCUGCCACAGCCCGAUGAUCUAUCAGCGCGACGAGGCGCAGCUGCUGCAGCAAUCUGAUGCAGCCGACGGCCGGAGCAAUGUGGAGGCCAACAAUCCGAGCAGCUCGGGCACUCAGGCAGCAAGUCCCAGCAUCUCGUUUUGGUAUCGCUUGAAUCGCAUCAUUCUGCGUCUCUGCUCGACGCAUCAGUUCAAGAACCUGCAGGUGGAAAUGCUUUAUCAGCGUUAUUUUCUGCGCAUGAAUCAAAGUAAUACCACGCACAUUCUGGCCCUGUUGCUGGCGCUCAUUUUGGCAUUAUCCUGCACGCAAAUUGUCUUCACAACGCUGCAGCUGCGCCGCAGCCAAUCAACCGACACGGGCCUCACAUCGGCAACGAUCAGAUUGGCGCCUCAAUUUCUGGACGCCAAUGGAACCGGCGAGAACCUAACGCACUUUAUGCCCGUAUUGCCAUCGCCCACGCCACAACAAAUGAGCCAUCAGACGGUGUCCAUAACGACGCCAACAACGCCAAGCGCAGCACAAAUUCCGAACAGCAUCGAGCUGCCGCGUGCCCGCAACGAUAAUGUGGCACAACGGCCAAAUGUGACAGCCAGGUGGGUGACGGGGCGCAGGCAGAAGCGUAAACAUUAUCGACGCAUGCACAAGCAUCGCUACAAGCAGCACCACCAGCAUCGGGUCAGAUACAAACGUGCCGCGCAGCCACUGUUUGCUGACAUUGACCGACUGAAUGCGGCCUCUGUGGAUGUGGAUGAUGCUGCUCCCUUUGUUGAUGAUGAUGGAGAUGAUGGCGUUAAACGCUUUACGGAGGAGCGCGACACUAACGAAAUCCGGCGACGUUUGUCCUUCUCCGGCAGCCGGCAGGCGCGUGAUGAAGUGCCCAAACUGACGCUCUUUGAUGGCGAUGCCAACGACACGGCGCAGCAGGAGGAGCAGGAGCAGGAGGAGGAGGAGGCACAGACAGAAUCUGGACUGUUUGGUUUGGCAGAUAAUUUCGACACUUCAUUGAAUUACACGCAUGUGGUCUACUCGCUGAUAACGGGCAUCGAUGAGUCUGUCCUGGUUUUUCUCAUCGUGAUGCUAAUCUGCGGCAUCGUCUAUGCAUUCCUGUUGUGCAUACUCUCCAAGCCGGCCAUGAAUGAAAUAUUUCUCGUGCUCGUCUCAUACGUCAUUUUGGGCACGUUUCUGGCCAUUGAAAUAGCUGUUAGCUAUGCCGUUCAGCCCAGCAAAUCGUUUAAUGGCAGCGCCUGUUGCAUUGUGCUCAUCUACAUGACAUACACGAUGUUGCCGCUGCGUUUGCGUGAAUCGCUCAUCGGUGGCAUGCUGCUGAGUGGCACACACCUGUACACCUGUCUGCACACACAGUACACGCAACAGGAUAAGCAGCAGGAGCAGGAGCUGCAGCAGGAGCUGCAGCAGGAGCUGAUGCUGCAAUGGCAAGAGCUGCUGUGCACCUGCAUCGCCCUGAUGCUGGCCAAUCUGACGGGCAUCUAUACGCACUGGCCGAAGGAGAAGGCGCAGCGCAAGGCCUUCAUUGAGACGCGGCAAUGCAUCGAGGCGCGUUUGCGUACACAGCGCGAAAAUCAACAGCAGGAGCGUUUGCUGCUGUCGGUGCUGCCGCGGCACGUUGCCAUGGAGAUGAAGGACGACAUUGCGGGCCAGCCACGUGACACACAGUUUCAUAAGAUUUACAUACAGCGGCACGAGAAUGUCAGCAUUCUGUUUGCGGACAUUUGCGGUUUCACCAGCCUGUCGGAUCAGUGCACGGCGGAGGAGCUAGUGCGUCUGCUGAACGAGCUAUUUGCACGCUUUGAUCGAUUGGCUGCUGAGCAUCAUUGUCUGCGCAUUAAGCUGCUGGGCGAUUGUUAUUAUUGCGUCUCCGGUUUGCCGGAGCCCCGGCCGGAUCAUGCACACUGUGCUGUUGAGAUGGGACUCGAUAUGAUUGACGCCAUAGCCCUGGUGCGCGAGGUAAUGGCCGUGAAUGUGAACAUGCGUGUGGGCAUCCAUACGGGUCGGGUGCACUGCGGCGUUUUGGGCCUGGUCAAGUGGCAGUUUGAUGUUUGGUCCAACGACGUCACACUGGCCAAUCAUAUGGAGAGCGGCGGCAUACCCGGACGCGUGCACAUUACGAAGGAGACGCUCAAGUGCUUGGAUGGCGAUUACGAGGUGGAGGCGGGCAAAGGAGCCGAUCGAAACUCCUAUCUCAAGGAUCAUCAGAUUGAGACAUAUCUGAUAGUGCCGGGCGAUAUCUACAGGCCGCACAAGAAAUCGCGCAAUCGCCUUCAGGUAAAUGGCAACAUAUCCAAGGAGCUGCGCAUGAUGGGCCAUGGCACCGCACAGAAGCACGCAUCCAAAUUUGGAUUUGGUGACAGCUCGGAGAGUCACAAGGAUCCCGAGGAUGAGGUCAAUGAGUACUUGAUGCGCGCCAUCGAUGCACGGAGCAUCGAUCAUUUGCGGGCCGAGCACUGCCAGUCGCUGUUGCUGUGCUUCAAGAGCGCCGCGCUGGAGCACAAGUAUGACAGCGAGCCGGAUCGCAUGCUCUGCGUUUAUUUCUACUGCAGUCUCCUCGUCCUGCUGGGCACCACACUUAUGCGCUUUGCGGUCUUUGACAUCUCCAUACCCUGCCUGGUGACGUCCAUUGGCUCUUUGCUGACGCUGCUUUUGUUGGUCUUCCUGAUGGCCUGUCACAAAAUCAAUUUGCAGCUGCCCAUCGGAAUGAAGCGCUUCUCAUUGCGCGUUCACAGCAAUCGCACCUUGUCACAGUUGUUCGCCUUUGCCACCGUGUCGCUGAUUGUUUUGACCACGUUGCUGGCCAUGAUGGAGGAAUCAAUGCGUCAACUGGAGCUGCUGCAUAAUGAAUGGCUCGAUCUACAAUUGAAUGUCAGCGAACUGGAACGAACGAAGCUGGGACUGGAGCCAGAGCAGCAGCUGCUGCCUGAGGAAAGCUGUGAUUACUAUUUGGCCUACAAUACAUUCCUGCUGUUAACGCUGCUCUCGAUGAUGUGCUGUGCCACGUACCAAGUGCUGCGCAUCCUGCUGAAGCUGUUGCUGCUCCUCUUGGCUGCCGGCUGCUACAUGGCCUGCUCCUCAUAUUUGUAUCUGAGCAGCAGGGAAAUGAGCGCCGACUUGGCCAAUGAGGAGGCCCUGCUGCGCUAUAUAAUUGAUUCAAUCUUCCUAUUUGCAUUUAUGCUCGCCCUGAUCUUCCACAGUCACCAAACGGAGGCCACCUACCGCUUGGACUUCAUCUGGAAGCUGCAGGCAACGGAGGAAAAAGAGGAUAUGGAGCAUUUGCAGGCUUAUAAUCGUAAACUGCUCGAAAAUAUUUUGCCCGUACAUGUCGCUGAGCAUUUUCUGAGCCGCGAGAAGCACCUCGAUGAUCUUUAUCACGAGCAAUGCGAUUCCGUUUGCAUACUCUUUGCCAGCAUACCGAAUUUCUCCGAGUUCUACGUCGAGCUGGAGGGCAACAACGAGGGCGUCGAAUGCCUCCGGCUGCUCAAUGAGAUAAUUGCCGACUUCGAUGAGCUGCUCAGCGAGGAGCGUUUCCGUUGCAUUGAGAAAAUCAAGAGCACCGGCGCCACAUACAUGGCUGCUUCUGGCCUGACGGCGAACACCUGCGACCAGGUGAACUUUAGCCAUGUCACCGCAAUGGCCGACUAUGCGCUGCAGCUGUUCGACAAGAUUGAGGAGGUCAACAUGCAUUCCUUCAACAACUUUCGCCUGCGCAUAGGCAUUAAUAUUGGUCCCGUCGUUGCGGGCGUCAUCGGCGCCUGCAAGCCCCAGUAUGAUAUAUGGGGCAAUGCUGUGAACGUGGCCUCGCGCAUGGACUCCACGGGUCUGGUGGAUCACAUACAGGUGACCCAGGAGAUGCAGCAGCUGCUGGAGUGCCGCGGCUUCGAGCUCACCUGCCGCGGCAGCGUCAAUGUCAAGGGCAAGGGUUCGAUGAUAACCUAUUUUCUCAAGGGCAAGGCAGAGCUGCCCGCGCUGGCGACACCCACAGUUGCCGUGGAGCAGAAGACAGCAGACGAGGCGCCGGCAGAAACAACGCCAGAGUCGCCGCCAGCCAUAGAAGCCACCGCAGCUGUAGAGGCACAUUCACACCCGGAAGAGGAAGAUAACAAUGAUGAUGAUAAUGUUGAGGACGACGACAUUGAUCUCAACUCGAACAUGCAAAACUUGACCGCACAACGCCGCAAAUCUCUCUGCCGGCAGCACAACAUCUCCUCGUCGUUUGGCACCAAUGUCAGCUCCACGGGCAUCACGCCCAGCAUCUCCAACAGCUCCAGCGUGGUGACAAUUGGGGCGAUGCCCGUGCUGAUGCGUAAUGCGGAGAGCUGUGCCACGCCCACAGUGCCGCCGAGAACGCUGGUGGCGGAGCUAAAGGAGGAGAUCACGCGCGAUGAGAAGAGCGCCUUGAAGGACUCCAUCGAGAAUCUGGAGAUUCUGCUGAAGAACAACAUCAGCCUCUCGGAUCUGAGCAACAAGCAGCAGCAGAAUCUGCGCGGCGAGGUGGUCAGCUGCAGCAGCUCCGCGACGGCGACGCUCCGGAAGCGGGACACCAUCGUCAGCUUCCAUGUGACCGAGACGCUGACCACAACGGCCGGAUAUACACAGCAGCAGCGCAAGCGGCGCUCGGUGAGCGCCAUGGCCACCAGCUGCACCACCAGCAGCAGCUCCACCACAACCACGACACGUCUGCUCUCCAAUGAGAGCCAGAGCUCCACGCAAACGGCACCCGGCACGCUGGAGAGCGGCGACAAGGCAGCCGAAUGCCUGCGCGCUGGCCCGGAUAUGGAUACGUAUACGGAUCCGUUUCCAGACGCGGAGGCGGACGCGGACGCGGGUCUGGGUCAGGUGCACGAUUGGCAGCCGCGCACGGCCAGCCUGGAGCCGAAUCGCAGCCCCAUCAAGACAUCCCAAUCAAUGAGUCCCAUCGGCCUGGCCACCGAGGUCUUCGUGCUGCCGAACAGCCGCAGCAUGAUCCUCAUCAGCAGCUCGGCAAAUGGCAGCGCCAGCGGCAGCCAAGGAGGCAGCAGUCCCAGGGCAGGACUCCUGCAGCAGGUUAGCACCUAAAUAGACCGUGGUGGUGGUGGUGGGGGUACCCAAGGUUCCCAAAGUGUGUGUAAAUAUGUAUAAAUUGCGGACAGACUGUCAGGCUGGGGGAUUUGAGGAUUAGAGGAUUGGCUGCCCCGAUAUAUAUAUAACAUAUAUGCCCAUCAGUAUUUCAUCCCCUGAUUGUAUUGAUCUCGUUCCUUAUGCUCUUUAACGACCAGGUGGCAACCCUGCAUAUCACAGCAAAACGAAUUUGCAACAAUUUUGAACUUAGAUACUACGAGAAACCUUAGCUGUUGCCAUAGGCUAGAGUUACGUUUAGUUGGUAAGGGGGAAGUCUGGUUCCUAUUGUAGUCUUAGUCAGCGAGCCGGCCUAGGAAAGUGAAGCAACUGAAUUUAAACUCAAAUUACAGGGUAUGCAAACUACAAGCAACAGUUUCUAAGCUCUGUUACAUACGAUAUAACGAACUAUAUAGAUAUCCAGUCAAUUUGAAAAACUAAAAUGCAAAUCGAUUCAAGUAACAAAUAUUUAUGUGAAACUGUUCCAAGUUACGAUAUCGACAACUCUCAACUUAAAGUUUAGUUUUUUAAGAUUAUCGAACUUGUUUCAACUGAAAGCGAAUUCGUAAUUAGGAACUGCGCUUAUUUGAGAAAUUGAAUAAGUUCAAAACGAAAACCAAAACUCAAACUGUUAACGCGCUUUAUGUGUAUGUUAGUAUUAUAUGUGUGUGUGUGUGUAUUUAAUUGAGUGAAUGUCUGUGUGUGUGUAUUUGUCUCAAUGUUGCUGAAAUCAACACUAAAUUUUGAAAUACUUAAACUAUGUAUAAUAUAACAAAUACUUCAACUGAACUAAACCAAAGAGCAGAUAUACCAAAAAAAAAAACAAACAAACAAACAGAUUACAAAAAAAUCAAUUCUCGCUGUGAUUUCUAUUAUAAAUGUAUAGAUUAUUUUAUAGACUUGUGUUACAUAGUUUUAGCUUAAAACUCGAAAGCUUCAAUGCAAAUAUGUUCCGAGUUUCAAUUUCGCUUUUCUGAA